AUGGCGGACAAGCGGCGCUGUGUGAAGGUUUAUGCCCUGAAUGAUAACAAACAAUGGGAUGACCUAGGCACUGGGCAUGUCUCCUCCACUUACGUGGAGCGACUCCAGGGCAUGUCUCUGCUAGUUCACGCUGAGCCCAGCGGCACACUGAUCUUGGAGUCAAAGAUAAAUCCGAACACGCCCUAUCAGAAACAACAAGGGACACUAAUUGUUUGGUCUGAAGCUCAGAACCACGGUAUGGCCAUAAGUUUCCAGGACGCAGCAUGUUGUCAUGAGAUCUGGAAAACCAUUUGCCAGGUUCAAGGUAAAGACCCAUCCGUCGAAAUCACACAAGAUCUCCUGGAUGAAUCAGAAGAAGAACAAUUUGAGAAUUCACCAGAAACCUUUGAACUGCAUGACCUGCCAAACUGCGAACUCGGUCAACUCCAACAGAUUGCUGAGCUAGUUACCUCGGCUUUCACCUCAUCUACACGUAAAGAAAGGCUGGCACUGGUCUUGGAAAAUGAGGACUAUAUUAAAAAACUACUUCAGUUGUUCCAUAUUUGUGAGAACCUAGAGGAUACCGAAGGCUUAUACCAUUUGUAUGAAAUCAUUAAAGGAAUUUUACUCCUCAACAAGACAGCUCUGCUUAAGGUAAUGUUUUCUGAUGAGUGUAUCAUGGAUGUGGUGGGAUGUCUUGAAUAUGACCCUGCUUUGGCUCAGCCAAAAAGGCAUCGAGAAUUCUUAACCCAAAAUGCAAAGUUCAAGGAGGUUAUACCAAUAACAAACUGUGAACUCCGGCAAAAAAUACAUCAGACAUACAGGGUACAGUACAUUCACAACAUCCUUGUGCCUAUACCAUCCAUGUUUGAAGAUAAUUUUCUUUCUACUCUUACAACUUUUAUUUUUUUUAACAAGGUUGAGAUAGUCAACAUGCUGCAGGAAGAUGACAAAUUUUUGGGUGAAGUUUUUGCACAAUUAAGGGAUAACACCACAGGUGAUGAUAAACGGCGUGAAUUGCUGUUUUUUUUCAAGGAAUUCUGUGCAUUUUCUCAGACAUUACAGCCUCAAAGCAAGGAUGCACUAUUCACAACACUGACACAAUUGGGAAUUCUUCCUACUCUUAAAAUUGUGAUGGGCAUGAGUGAUUUGCAAAUAAAGUCAGCUGCUACUGAUAUAUUUACUUAUCUAGUAGAGUAUAGUCCAUCUAUGAUCCGAGAAUAUAUAAUGAAAGAGGCCCAGAAGGAUGAAGAUGACAACCUUUUCAUUAAUUUAGUAAUUGAACAAAUGAUGAGUGAUACUGAUCCUGAGCUAGGAGGUGCUGUUCACUUAAUGGAACUUCUUCGCUCUCUGCUUGAUCCAGACAACAUGAAGGCAACCUCUAAUAAAUGUGAAAGAAGUGAAUUUCUAAGUUUCUUCUAUAAAUAUUGUAUACAUAACAUCAUAGCACCACUUUUGUCAACUACUUCAGAAGAUAUAUGUGAAGAGGAUAAUAUAGUUGGCUCUGACAAAAACAACAAAAAUUGCCUCAGUGCUCUUCGCUUUAUGAGAAGGAUGAUUGGCCUUAAAGAUGAACUUUACAAUUGUUACAUCAUCAAGGGAAAUCUAUUUGAGCCCAUUGUAAAUGCUCUUCUGGAUAAUGGAACUCGGUACAACUUGUUGAAUUCAGCUAUUAUUGAGCUGUUUGAAUACAUAAGAGUAGAAAAUAUCAAGCCUCUCAUUGCACAUAUAGUUGAAAAGUUUUAUGAAACACUUGAGUCAAUUGAAUAUGUUCAGACAUUCAAAGGAUUGAAGAUUAAAUAUGAGCAAGAGAAAGACCGGCAGAGUCAAAUACGGAAGAAUUUGCGUUCUAUACUGUAUUGUAAAAUAUUUUGUGAAAGUGCCAGUGUCUUGGAAGAGAAGGAAGAAGUCAGCUUUAAAGAAAAUAUAGAGGAAGGAGAAGCAGUUAAGCCACCAUUGGAAAGUGAUAUUCAAGAUCAGUAUGAUAAAGUUGUAGAGACUGAAAAGACAGAAGAAGAUGAAAACAUAGAUCUUCCCAAAAGAACCUCUUCUGGUAGCUUCAAAUUUACUUCGUCUCAUUCUGCUGGUGCUGCUAAUGGAGCAAAUAACCCAAAUUAUAGCAGCAUGAUUGGCUUGGUGGAUUAUUUAGAUGAUGAAGAAAAAGAUAAAGAAGAUGAAACAUCCCCCAGGAAAAGACCGCAUCUUAGCUCAUAA